GUUCGAGUCUGGCGCUACUUGAAGGGCAAAGAUGUGGUGUCCCAGGAGAGCCUUCUGGAUGGUGGCAACAAGGUCGUCAUUGGUGGCUUCGGAGACCCCCUCAUCUGUGACAACCAGGUGUCUACCGGGGACACCAGGAUCUUCUUUGUGAACCCAGCACCCCCCUACCUGUGGCCAGCCCAUAAGAAUGAACUGAUGCUCAACUCUAGCCUCAUGCGGAUCACCCUUCGCAACCUGGAGGAGGUGGAGUUUUGUGUAGAAGACAAACCUGGGACCCACUUCACACCAGCACCUCCCAUGCCUCCUGACGUCUGCAGGGGAAUGCUGUGUGGCUUUGGCGCGGUCUGUGAGCCCAGUGCAGAGGAUCCAGGCCGGGCCUCCUGCGUGUGCAAGAAGAGCGCCUGUCCUGCCGUCGUGGCGCCAGUGUGCGGCUCAGAUGCCUCCACCUACAGCAACGAGUGCGAGCUGCAGCGUGCACAGUGCCGCCUGCAGCGGCGAAUCCGCCUGCUCCGCCGCGGACCCUGUGGUUCCCGGGACCCCUGCUCCAAUGUGACCUGCAGCUUCGGCAGCACCUGUGCCCCCUCCGCCGAUGGGCAGACCGCCUCCUGCCUGUGUCCCACGACCUGCCGCGGGGCCCCGGAGGGCACCGUGUGUGGCAGUGAUGGUAUGGACUACCCCGGUGAGUGCCAGCUGCUGCGCCGGGCAUGCGCACGCCAGGAGAACAUCUUUAGGAAGUUCGACGGCCCCUGUGACCCCUGCCAGGGAGCCCAUGCUGACCCGAGCCGCGUCUGCCGUGUGAACCCGCGCACUCGCCGUCCAGAGAUGCUCCUGCGCCCAGAGAGCUGCCCUCCCCGGCAUUUGCCUGUGUGUGGGGAUGAUGGGGUCACCUAUGCAAAUGACUGCGUCAUGGGCCGCUCAGGGGCUGUCCGCGGUCUGCUCCUCCAGAAAGUGCGCUCUGGCCAGUGCCAGCCUCGAGACCAGUGCUCCGGGACCUGCCAGUUCAGUGCCGUUUGCCUGUCCCGCCGUGGCCGACCCCGCUGCUCCUGCGACCGUGUCACCUGUGAUGGGGCCUACAGACCGGUGUGUGCCCAGGAUGGGCACACGUAUGACAACGACUGUUGGCGCCAGCAGGCUGAGUGCCGGCAGCAGCGGGCCAUCCCUCCCAGGCACCAGGGCCCGUGUGACCAGGCUCCGUCCCCGUGCCGGGGGGUGCAGUGCGCAUUCGGGGCGACAUGCGCCGUGAAGAACGGGGAGGCUGCGUGCGAGUGCCAGCAGGCGUGUGCAGGCGCCUACGACCCCGUGUGCGGCAGUGACGGCGUCACCUAUGGCAGCACCUGCGAGCUGGAGGCCAUGGCCUGUGCCCUUGGGCGGGAUAUCCGGGUGGCCCGCAGAGGACCCUGUGACCGAUGCGGGCAGUGCCGUUUUGGAGCCCUGUGCGAGGCCGAGACCGGGCGUUGUGUGUGCCCCUCUGAGUGCGUGGCCUCAGCCCAGCCCGUGUGCGGUUCUGAUGGGCACACGUAUGCCAGCGAGUGUGAGCUGCAUGUCCACGCCUGCACACACCAGAUAAGCCUGCAUGUGGCAUCAGCUGGACACUGUCAGACCUGUGGAGACACAGUGUGUGCCUUUGGGGCUGUGUGCUCAGCCGGGCAGUGUGUGUGUCCUCGUUGUGAGCGCCCCCCGCCUGGCCCCGUGUGUGGCAGCGACGGUGUCACCUACCGCAGUGCGUGUGAGCUACGGGAGGCUGCCUGCCAGCAGCAGAUACAGCUUGAGGAAGCCCGGGCAGGGCCCUGUGAGCAGGCUGAGUGUGGCUCAGGAGGCUCCGGCUCUGGGGAGGACAGCGAGUGUGAGCAGGAACUCUGCCGGCAGCGAGGCGGGGUGUGGGAUGAGGACUCAGAGGAUGGACCCUGCGUCUGCGACUUCAGCUGCCAGGGUGUUCUCAGGAGCCUGGUGUGCGGCUCAGAUGGGGUCACCUAUGGCAGUGAGUGUGACCUGAAGAGGGCCAGGUGCGAGUCUCAAGGAGAGUUGUACGUCGCAGCUCAGGGACCCUGCCGAGGCCUCACCUUGGCCCCACUGCUGCCUGCAGCCCCCGCUCAAUGUGCCCAGACCCCCUACGGAUGCUGCCAGGAUAAUGUCACUGCUGCCCGGGGUGUGGGCCUGGCCGGUUGCCCCAGCACCUGCCAGUGCAACCCUCACGGCUCCUACGGAGGCACCUGUGACCCAGCCACAGGCCAGUGCUCUUGCCGGCCAGGUGUGGGCGGCCUCAAGUGUGACCGAUGUGAGCCUGGUUUCUGGAACUUCCGUGGCAUUGUCACUGACGGCCGGAGCGGCUGUACUCCCUGCAGCUGUGACCCCCGGGGUGCCGUGCGGGAUGACUGUGAGCAGAUGACUGGGCUGUGCUCCUGUAAGCCGGGCGUCGCUGGUCCCAAGUGCGGGCAGUGUCCUGAUGGCCACACCCUGGGCCCCACCGGCUGUGAGGCAGAUCCUUCAGCACCGGUGACCUGUGCGGAGAUGCACUGUGAGUUUGGCGCUUCCUGCGUGGAAGAGGCAGGUUCUGCCCACUGCGUCUGCCCAGCCCUCACCUGCCCAGAGGCCAGUGCCACCAAGGUCUGUGGAUCAGAUGGCAUCACCUACGGCAGCGAGUGCCAACUGAAGACCAUCGCCUGCCGCCAGGGCUUGGACAUCUUCACCCAGAGCCUCGGCCCGUGCCAGGAGGCUGUGGUUCCUGGCGCUCACCCGACCUCCAGGGCCACGACGGCCCCGGGGCGCUUGCCGAGCGAGCCUCUGCUGCCUCCACCCAGUGCCCUCCCCCUGGCUCCCAGCAGUACCCCCCAGAGCCGGCCCACCCCUCCACCCACCUUACGACCUCGGACCACAGCCAGCCUCCCCAGGAGCACAGCUCGGCCGGCGCUGACCAUGCCUCCCAUAGAGACCUCCACUGCAACCAGUCUCUCCGCCUCUGCCUUUGGAGAGUCUGGCAGCACUGAUGGGAGUGGCGAUGAGGAACUGAGUGGGGACCAGGAGGCCAGUGGGGGUGGUUCUGGGGGACUGGAACUCUCCAUGGACAGCAGCGUGGUGACACAGGGACCACCCAUGGAGAGAGCCUCCUGCUACAACUCACCUUUGGGCUGCUGUUCGGAUGGCCAGACACCUUCGCUGGACGCAGAGGGCUCCAACUGUCCUGCCACCAAGGUGUACCAGGGCGUGCUGGAGCUGGAGGGGGUCGAGGGGCAAGAGCUGUUCUACACGCCCGAAAUGGCCGACCCCAAGUCAGAGCUGUUUGGGGAGACGGCCAGGAGCAUCGAGAGCACUCUGGACGCCCUUUUCCGGAACUCAGACGUCAAAAAGGACUUCCGGAGUGUCCACCUGCGGGACCUGGGGCCUGGCAGAUCAGUCCGUGCCACUGUGGAUGUGCACUUUGACCCCACCACAGCCUUCAGGGCACCUGACGUGGGCCGGGCCCUGCUGCGCCAGAUCCAGGCCUCCAGGCGCCGGGCCCUGGCGGUGCGGAGGCCUCUGCAGGAGCACGUGCGGUUCAUGGACUUCGACUGGUUUCCUGCGUUCCUCACGGGAGCCACCACAGGAGCCACCGCUGCAGUGGCCACGGCCAGAGCUACCACUGUGGGCCCACCACCUUCCUCCGUGACCCCUCGGGUCCCCCCCAGUCACACCAGCAGGCCCACUGGAAGGACCACAGCACCCACACACACACACCGGCCCCCCACCACAGCUCCCGGCCAUGUGGCUGGACGCUGGCCUUUGCUCCCCAAUCCCAAGCAGCACCCCAGGUCCUGUGAUUCUCAGCCCUGCCUGCAUGGGGGGACCUGCCAGGACCAGGACUCUGGCAGGGGCUUCACCUGCAGCUGCCCGGCAGGCCGGGGAGGCACCUUCUGUGAGGACGUGCUGCGCCCCUCUGUCUCAGUUCCUGCGUUUGGGGGUGCCUCCUUUCUGGCCUUCCCCACCCUCCGGGCAUAUCACACGCUGCGCCUGGCGCUGGAAUUCCGAUCCCUGGAGCCUCAGGGACUGCUGCUGUACAACGGCAACGCCCGUGGCAAGGACUUCCUGGCCCUGGCGCUGCUCGGUGGGCGCGUGCAGCUCAGGUUUGACACAGGUUCUGGACCAGCAAUACUGACCAGCUCGGUGCCUGUGGAACCAGGGCGGUGGCAUCGCCUAGAACUCUCACGGCACUGGCGCCAAGGCACACUGUCUGUGGAUGGCGAGACCCCAGUUCUGGGCGAGAGCCCCAGUGGCACGGAUGGCCUCAACCUAGAUACCGACCUCUUUGUGGGCGGAGUCCCAGAGGACCAGGCUGACGUGGCCCAUGAGCGGACCUCGGUUGGCGUGGGCCUGAAGGGCUGCAUCCGCCUGCUGGAUGUCAACAAUCAGCGCCUGGAGCUGGGCCCCUGGCAGGGCGUGGUGUCCCGCAGCUCCGGGGUGGGAGAGUGUGGAGAGCACCCCUGCAUGCCCAGCCCCUGCCAUGGCGGGGCACCAUGCCAGGCCCUGGGAGACGACAUGUUUCGCUGCCAGUGUCCACCCGGCCGCUUUGGCCCAACCUGUGCGGAAGAGAAGAGCCCCUGCCAGCCGAACCCCUGCCACGGUGCAGCCCCCUGCCGCGUGCUACCCAAGGGCGGGGCCAAGUGCGAGUGCCCCCCGGGACGUAGAGGCACUCUCUGCCAGACAGUGUCUGAGAUGGAUGGUAGUGCCCAGCCCUUCCUGGCGGACUUCCAUGGCUUUUCCUACCUGGAGCUGAGAGGCUUGCACACCUUUGAGAGAGACCUGGGGGAGAAGAUGGCCCUCGAGGUGGUGUUCUUGGCCCGAGGACCCAGCGGUUUGCUCCUGUACAAUGGGCAAAAGACAGAUGGCAAAGGGGACUUCGUGUCACUGGCCCUGCAUGACCAGCACCUGGAAUUCCGCUAUGACCUGGGCAAAGGGGCAGCGGUCAUCAGGAGCAAGGAACCCAUAGCCCUGGGCUCUUGGAUUAGGGUCUCGGUGGAGAGAAACGGCCGUAAGGGCGCCCUGCGUGUGGGUGAUGGGCCCCGCGUGCUGGGAGAGUCCCCGGUGCCGCAUACCAUGCUCAAUUUGAAGGAGCCACUCUACAUCGGGGGUGCCCCCGACUUCAGCAAGCUGGCCCGGGCAGCUGCAGCAUCCUCUGGCUUCGACGGUGCCGUUCAGCUGGUCUCCUUGGGAGGCCGCCAGCUGUUGGCCCAGGAGCACGUGGUGCAGGCGGUGGACGUCUCAUCCUUUACAGACCACCCUUGUACCCAGGCCUCAGGCCACCCCUGCCUCCAUGGCGCCUUGUGUCUCCCAAAGGAAGCCACCUACACAUGCCUGUGCCCCAUGGGCUUCUCGGGGCCACACUGCGAGAAGGGGCUGGUUGAGAAGUCAGCAGGGGACCUCGAGGCUCUGGCCUUCGAUGGGAGGACCUACAUCGAGUACCUCAACGCUGUGACCGAGAGCGAGAAAGCCCUGCAGACCAACCACUUCGAGCUCAGCUUGCGCACUGAAGCUACGCAGGGGCUGGUGCUGUGGAGUGGCAAGGCCACCGAGCGUGCGGACUACAUGGCGCUAGCCAUCGUGGAUGGACACCUUCAGCUGGCCUAUGACCUGGGCUCUCAGCCUGUGGUGCUGCGCUCCACCGUGAGGGUCAACACCAACCGCUGGUUGCGAGUCAGGGCUCACAGGGAGCAGAGAGAAGGUUCCCUCCAGGUGGGCAAUGAGGCCCCCGUGACUGGCUCCUCCCCACUGGGUGCCACACAGCUGGACACAGAUGGAACUCUCUGGCUCGGGGGCCUGCAGAAGCUGCCUGUGGGCCAGGCCCUGCCAAAGGCCUACGGAACAGGUUUUGUGGGCUGCCUCCGGGAUGUGGUGGUAGGCCAGCGUCCACUGCACCUGCUGGAAGAUGCCCUCACCAAGCCAGAGCUGCGGCCCUGCCCAGCCUCCUAAACUGACGCCGGAGCACCCCCAUCUGCCCACCCUACUGUAAUUAUUUUCUAUUUUUGUAAACUGUUGCUUUUUGAUAUGAUUUUCUUGCCUGUGUGUUGGCCAGAGGGACUGCUGGCCUGUCCUCCCUUCCGUCCAGGCAGCUGUGCUGCAGAGACAGACUGGUAUCAAGAGGCUCCCAGGGGUGGUGUGGCAGCUUCAGGACGUGCCCCUUUGCCUCAGGGCACCACACCAGCCCUUUGCACUGUGUGUCCCCGUGUGUCGGCCCCCACACUUGCCUCCUGUACCUGGCCCCCUGGCAGACCCUGCUCCCGACCUCACCCUUGCUGCGUUUGGCGAAGCCUACUGUCCCAGAGCAGGAGGGGGCUGCCAAGGCUAGAGGGGGCCGUUCCACUGACACCCCCACGGGACCUUUCUGGGUCCUGACUUAAGCUGCUGUUUCUUCCUUUGUGCUGUGGCUAGCCUUGCCCCAGGACUCCUGUGCCAAUACUGUGACUUAGAAAUGACGUGACCCUUGGUGUCACAUUCUGCCAGGGACCUGGCCCCCACACACACACUCCAGGCCCAGUGCGCAGCCCCUGAGAGGGAAUGGGCCACUGUGCAUGAUGUGGUUGACCUCUGUUGCCUGUGUCCUCCUCUGGAGUGAUGGAUGUCCAGGCCUGGCCACCCAACAUGUUCUUGGACCAUGGGUUUUAUUUGGUGCCCAAAGCAGAAGAGCUGUUAUCUUUCCUGUCCUGACUCCAGAGCAUUUAAGCAUCCUCAUCAGGGCCAGUAUGAGAAGUGAUUAUCUGAAAGUGACUGGGGUCUAGCCAGUGUCUGAACAAGACCAAAGUGUAGGUGCAGGGGUGGCAGAGGUGGCCACAGAGUCAGAAAUGCCUUAAACUGCCACGUCUACCCCCACUCCCUGCCUGGAUGCCCUUCCCAGUCCUCUUGGGAGUAAGACCAGACAACGGGGGUGGAGUUGGCAGCCUGGCCAUCCUCUGCUGGGGGUGGGGGGCUGCGGGGAACUGCCCUGGUGUAUCCUUACUAACUCCAGUGUGUGUCUUGUCAAGCACCGUGAAAUAAAGUUUGGAAACUUU